AUGGUGAUUCAAGCAGGGAGAAGAACUGUAACUUAUGGCCGGCACCAUGUCCUUCAGAAGAUCCGCGUAACUACCCUAGAACCGCGCGAUAACGGUUACUGGAUCAUCUAUAUCCAUGGUGGCGCUUGGCGCGACCCAACAAUCAAUGCGGACUCAAUUGAGCCCACCGAGUCGAUCCUCCGCAAUUCCCCUGGCCUUCCGAUUGUGGGCUUCGCAUCAAUCGACUAUCGACUCAGCGCGCAUCCGAAUCAUCCGCAGGACGAAGCCACAACACCCGCAGAUGAAUACCGUGCAGCCAGACACCCGGACCAUAUCCGCGAUGUGGAAGCGGCGCUUGCCUUCCUCCAGAACACCUAUAACUUUGGGCCGCGCUAUAUCCUUGUCGGCCACAGCUGCGGCGCGACCUUGGCCUUCCAGGCUGUCAUGGGUGCGGUAGCAGGACAUCGAGAACAAUCAUUUAACGGGGGUGUAGAUGACUGUGGCGCGGGCGCCGAGCCAGUCUCUUCGUCUCCUGGACCACUUCCUCCACGGUUGUCUGCAAGGCCCAUGGCCAUUGUGGGUGUCGCCGGCAUCUACGACCUCGGGCGGCUUGUGGAAGAUCACCGAGACAUCUCCGCAUACCGCGAGUUUGCUGAAGGGGCUUUUGGAGCAGAUGUAUUACUAUGGGAUGCAGUUUCGCCAGCACAGAUGAUUGGGUCCCGCGGUGUGGAGGGAGGGUGGAAAUCUGGACGUCUAGUUGUCUUGGCCCAGUCAGAGGACGACGAGCUUGUAAACGGGGCUCAGUUAGAGGUCAUGAGGGAGGCACUACAGGGAUGGGAGAGGGCUACCAAGCCGGAGCCCCAGCAGCAAAUAGACGCGGGUGAUCGGCGAGUCCGGGUGCUUCCGAUUAGCGGUGCUCAUGACGAAGCGUGGAUCAAGGGCGAGGAGCUUGCUCGUGUGGUAAAGUAUGCCUUUGUACAAUUACAGAAGAUGGGGUUAUCCCCUGAGCCAGAGUUGCUUGGCGGCGAAGCAAUCUGA